AUGACAUUCCCACGUGGCCUUCGUCGCCUGGUUCUUUGGUCUCUCCUUGCGCUCGGCUUGGCUGCAGGCAAUGAAGAGAAGGAGCUGGAGGUGUGCGACGUAGGACUUCUGCAAUCGCGACGUGCGAAGACUGAGACCGACCCUUCGAAGGAACUAACGCCACAUCCCUUCUAUGCAGCGGUCCAGCGCGCUUGCAUGGAAGAGACGUGCAUCAUGUUUGCGCGCAACAGGAACUUCUACGAAAUCAUGGCCACCUUAGAGGCGCACCGGGACACCCUGAGCAAGAACUGCCGGGAGACAGCCUUCGGUGGUACGUUCCAGCACCCAAACAGCCUGAUCUUCACCAAAAUCGACACCGACACAGUCAACCUCGGUCCAGAACUAGGAAUAUCCGCGGACUUCCAGUACCUCGUCAAAAGGUCCAUCGGCUACGUGGGCGCUCCCCUCAUGUACUCCACUCCAGGUCACACUGCCAUUUACAGGACGUGGUUCCUUAUCAUUGAGGCAAAGACACAGCCAGCGCCCAAAGGAAUGCUCUUUGUCCAUCUAGGCGGCCCAACAGCUGGUAUCCUUGACGGAAGCGCAAGCUAUGCUGUCUAUUUCAAGGAGUAUUUGGACCAGAUCCAAGAGUAUGACGUAGUCUUCGUGGACCAACGUGGUAUGGGUUUGUCCUAUGCUGGGCUGCUGAAUGACUUCGCCACUCCCACAUCAUGGGAGGAGUUGAAGGGUGAGCCAGCUAAGAAACCAGCCGUGCUCUUCAUGAAAGUGUUUGCAUCGGGACUCCUCGCAUUGAACAUCAACUUCACCGACUCCAAGGGGGUCGUGCAUCAGCCGCCCUGCACGUUCUUGUUGAACAACAACUGGAACCUGCCGGCAGACUACGGCAACCACGGCCAGGUGCUCAAGUACUUGGAGCGCAAAGCCGAGAUGAUUUCCGCAUGCUCAAAGAGGCUCGACCGUCCAGAUGGACAUGACACGUACAACUUGCUGCAGUACAUGGGCACGCAAGCACUGGUCCAUGAUAUCGAAUGGCUACGCUGGGCUUUCGGUGGGUACCCCAUCACUGUCCUUGGCUUCAGCUACGGCACCCGUGUUGCGGCUGCGUAUGCAUCCCAAUUCCCCGGGGCCAUCCAGCGUGUUGCAGUGUCGGGCGUCGAAGCCCCCAACCCGGAUCUGCUCGAGUUUGCCAAAGAGGCCGGGCUCAACACGGCGGAGAUCCUGGGAUUUAUCCAAAGCCAAUGCGCGGAGACCACAUCAUGCCGAAAGAAUCCCUGGACGAAGGGUGAGUUGAACGAGGAGGACUACUACUUUGAUGGGGACAUCGAUGCGGCGGUGGAGGAGCUCUUCCGCCGCUCCUCGCACGGAGCUAUCUGGUAUCCGAGGAAGUGUGGUGGAAACUAUACUUCAUUGGCCUUCCUUUCGGAUUUCCUGCGUGAAUUCCUGGUUUCAAUGGAUCCGCAACAAGCUCCCUUGGUCAUCAUUGAGUGGCUUCGAAAAGUCAACCACGAGCUGGUGCCAUGGUUCCAGGACGCUACGUGGCCAAUCGGCUUCCAGAUGCUGCCAGCUGUAGUAUUUGCCAUGGUGCAAAACCCUUGUACCACGGCAGCAUAUGCAAUGUCGAGGCAAGCGAUGUCGGCAUUUAAUGGGCUUGCCAUAAUCUAUCUCAUCCCAGCACUUGACAUGACAGGACGGUGGCAAGUGAACCAGGUGGCAAAGUACAUCGCAUCACACGUAGCAGACAGGACUCUAAUGCCGGCUGCGAGAAUGUUUGUCAUGAAUGCCGAAGCAGCCUACGGAUGGCCGCAGCUGCCGACGCCUGUUGGCUUCUCGAACCCGACAGUGGAUGCGGUGGCAGUCAACACCUUGUACGAUGAGCGCACUGGCAUGAACAUGGCACAAAAAUUCCAGGAGAACUUCCCGAACAGCAGCCUCGUGACUUCGCUUGGAGGUGGUCACUGUGUGAACCCUCUGCACGGUCUCGAAGGCUAUCGGACAUUGAUGCAGUUCCUUUUCUUCGGCUGGAAGCCUUCCAGUGGAGACAUAGUUGAUCGCUUCGUGAAGAUAGAUUUCGCGGAAGGAGCCUCCUUUGCGGCGCUGUUCCCACUGCUGGACGCCGUCAUCGGGCAGGCCCUUCUAGGUGGCCUGGGCGUUACGUCGGAGGCUCUGCGAGCCGGCGGACGUGCUGGCGGGGCCAGGAAGGGCAGGCAGGGUAGCCACAACGAAGCAACGAUGUCGUUGGGCGUCGUGAUGGCGAAGAUGGUCAUGGUGAUGCUUGUGAUGAUGGUGGUUGUGGUGGUGAUAGUCAGUUAG